GCAUCACCGCCCGUUACACCGAGCCUCUCACCGGGUACUGGGCUCCGGGACACCCAAACACAGCGUGCACCCUGCGAUAGAAGGGCCGGGCGAGUAUACCGUGCGCUCCCCGGUGCUGAUAGGGCUCAGAGGGGCCCCGUAGCCGGUAUCUAGCAAUAUAUUCACUGGACCUAACCCUUCCCCGAGGGCUGAGCCGCUUAUCUCCGGGGUGAUGGAGCCGGGUGGGCCCGGCGGGGACGCUCCUCCCCCGGUACCGGAGAAGAAGAAGCUGAACCGGGCUCCUUCCCCCGCUCGGCCCAAAGACCUGACCGGUUGGUCCCUGUCCAAGGCCCGCCGGGGUUCCCCAGUCUCCCUCUCUGUGAUGCCCCAGGUCCCCCGACGGCCGCUCCCGUCACCUAAUGGUAAAAAGAAGCAGGCGGCCCAGGCGCCCCGGCCGGGGGUAAAGCCUAAAGCCUCGGGGGGCGCGGCCCCUCGGCGAGGAACGGACAGCAGCUCGGAGGGGUCGUGCGCCUCUGAGGAGAGCAGCAGCCGGACCAGCAGCGAGGAGUGCGGAGUCUCUGGAGCUUCCAGCCGCCUCCCGCUGAGCGCCUCAAUGGCCUUCUCAGACCUGACCGAGGAGCUCCUGGACGGCGGUACCGAGAGUUUGUUACGGGAGAUGGAGGAGCUGCGCUCCGAAAACGAUUACCUAAAGGAUGAGAUUGAGGAGCUGAGGUCGGAGAUGCUGGAGAUGAGAGACGUUUACAUGGAGGAGGAUGUGUAUCAGCUUCAGGAGCUCAGGCAGCAGCUGGAGCAAGUCCACAAAACAUGCCGCAUAUUACAGUACCGGCUGAAGAAGUCUGAGCGCAGGGGGCUGAGGGUGGCUCAGACCGGACAAGUGGAUGGAGAGCUGAUCGGUGCCCUGGAGCAAGAUGUGAAGGUGGCCAAAGAUGUCUCCAUUCGUCUCCACAAUGAGUUGGAAGCAGUUGAGAAGAAAAGGGGGAAGCUGGAAGAAGAAAAUGAAGACUUGCGCCAACGGCUGAUCGAGACAGAUUUGGCAAAACAAGUUCUGCAAAACGAGAUGGAAAAGAUGAAAGAGAACUCUUUGAAGAAGCGAGGCCGCUCCUCGGGAAAGAUGGAUAAGAAGCCCCCUCUACAGGAGGACAGUGCUGAUAUUAAAUGCCAGCUGUACUUUGCUAAAGAAGAGUCGGCUUUAAUGUGUAAAAAGCUUACAAAGUUGGCGAAAGACAAUGACAGCAUGAAAGAGGAGUUGACUAAAUAUAGGUCCAUGUUCGGAGAACUUGACAGCUCUUUGUCCAUUGAAGCGUUGGCCAAUUCCCCACACUCCAGGGAGGCAGAGCUGAAAGUCCACCUUAAGCUGGUGGAAGAGGAAGCCAACCUCUUAAGCCGGAGGAUUGUGGAGCUAGAGAUCGAGAACAGAGGUUUAAGAGCGGAGAUGGAUGAGAUGAAAGUACAUGGUGACCGUGAGCUUCUUGGUCCAGAUGGCAGACUGGCAUUUUUACCUGGGGAGUCCGGAGAUAAUUUUGUUGAACUUAGGAGGCAUUUGCAGUUCGUAGAAGAAGAAGCAGAACUUCUCAGGAGAUCGUUGAUGGAGAUGGAGGACCAAAACAAGCUCCUAAUGAAUGAGCUGAACAAGUAUAAGUCGGACCAUGACCUAGACAUAACCCUGUCUGAGGAUAGCUGCUCUGUCAUCAGCGAGCCUUCUCAGGAAGAACUUACCACUGCCAAGAUGCAGAUCAGCGAGCUUAGCGGCAAGGUGAAGAAACUCCAGUAUGAGAACCGAGUACUCCUUUCAAACCUUCAGCGCUACGAUCUGGCCUCUUGUCAGACCAAAAAACCUUUAAUGGAAACGGACGCGGAAGCUGGCGACUCAGCGCAGUGUGUCCCUACGCCUCUUUGGCGGGAAGGGCCCAUAGGUGUAGAAACAGACUGCUCUGAAUCCAAGGAGCGGUCAGGUAACUUCAAAUCUCCGGAUUCUGGUCACAGCUCUCCGUCCAGGUCACUAACGAUUAAAGAACUUGAGUCGCUUCAUGGCAUUCGGACACAGGCUGAGUUGAUAAGCAAGGCCAUCGAGGUCUUAACAUCUGAUUCGAAUGGGUUCCCCUCGCGUAUCAAACUCUGUACAGAAAAAGACUGUGGAGACCUUCUUUUGAGAGAGGCCAUAGAUAACAGCGCGGUAACGAAUGACUCCAAGCUGUGCGGCGCCAUUUUUACUAGUCUUGUGGGAUUACAACAAGAGCUGAAUUGCUUUUCGAAGAAAGUAGACACCCUAGGAGACUGUUGUAAAGAACAGACGGAUACUUUAUCGGUGGCGUCAGACUCCACUUCUUUGGACGCAAACGAUUCAUCUAAAAGAGAUCACGGCUCAAGCUUGCAGCAGCCUGAGUGUAGGAACGGUCGAGAGAAGGACGAGUCUUAUUGGAGGAAGGAUGAUGGUGACCAUGGCUUUGACCAAACCAAAGGUUACAAGACUUACCAGUCUGAAGAUAACGAGUCUUACGCAGCAGAGAUCAAGGAUUUGCAACUUGUGCUUUCCGAUGCCAACGAGACGAUGCAAGGGCUGCAGGAGCAGCUAUCGCAGGAAAGACAGCUCCGCAAAGAAGACGAGGAGGCCGUAAAGCGCAGGAUUGCCCAGCUGAAAGAAGAUCACCAGAAGCAGCUCCUGAGACGUGACUUUCAGCUCCAGAGCCUGGCCCUUCAGAAAAGGCUCGAGCAGAAGUUCUGGAGCCAAGAGAAGAAUGUACUGAUACAGGAGACCCAACAGUUCAAGCAAAGCCUCCUGCUGCUCUUUAUGAAGCUCAAGUGGUUCUUGCAGCGUUGGAGACAAGGCAGAGUCCUACAGAAUGAGGGAGAGGACUUUCUGGAGGUCAGCAGCAUGAAAGAGCUGUACAUGCUGAUCGAGGAGGAAGAGUUAAAUCCCCCGGCCACGGACUACAAGACACCGGACGGAGGGAACUGGCCGCAGAACAUGCCCGUUGAGUCCAUGAAGACGCUCGCCGAUGUUAAGGGAAUCCUGAGGGAGCUUUGCAACGAGCUACAGGAUGAGCGACGUGGGAUGAACGAGCUUCAGCAGCAGUUUGCCAAGGCGAAGGCCGCUUGGGAGAUGGAGAGGACCGACCUCAAGCUGGAUUCCGGGAAGCAUGGCACAGAGAGAGCGCCGUCUGACCUUAAAGCGUCCUUGAAGAGAGAGCGGGAAGAGCACCAGCAUCUCCUGGCCGAGUCGUACAGCGCCGUCAUGGACCUCACCAAACAGCUGCAGGUCAGCGAGAAGAACUGGGCCCAGGAGAAGCAAGAGCUGCUGGGGCGCUUUCAGAACGACCGGAAGCUGGCAGAACAGCAGAUAAAGGAGCUGCAGAUGAAACUGAAAAAGCAAGAAGAAUCGUGGCUGCGGAUGGUCCCCGAGAGGAGCGGCUGCUGGAAGGAGGCCCUCAAUGACAAACUACAAGACAAAGAUAUAGACUGUGACACGGACGUAAGCCACACUGGCUUAAAGAGGGCCAAGUCCGUAUCUUCGAUGUCUGAAUUUGAAAGUUUACUUGACGGAUCCCCUUAUCUCUCUGGCAAAACGUCCAAAACCGAGAAUGGCAAAGAGAGUAGAUGUCUGCUGGCUUCCGGGCUGCUUACCAAUGGUUGCAUUGACUCGGACGUUAAUAAGAGUCGUUGUACGUAUCUCAGUAAAGAGAAGGACCUGUUUGAGCACCUUCUAAAGAAUGAGCAGAGCAUCUCAUCUUGGGAUUAUUCAAUGGUCAAGACUGCAGGUGGCCAGAACCCGGAACCUGGACAGAAGCACGUGCAGCGAAGUUACACUGCCCCGGACAAGACGGGUAUUCGGAUUUACUACAGCCCGCCGGUUGUGAGGAGGUGGGAUAUUCCUUUAGUUCAAAACAAAGAAAAACUUGUGGUGGAACCUGGCUUCUUGUUCACGAUGGCCAAGCCUAAUGAACUAGAAACGUCUGACCGCUUAUCUGGGAAUACAUGUAGCCAGUGGCUGUGUAAUUUCUCCAAAAAGCACAAGGAUUUGUUGGAAAAUGAUGCUGUAAAAGACGCGUCUUCGGCCGUUCCUGGCUUCCCCCCUUCGCUGGAGGAUUUUGAGAUUUCGGGAAACAUGAGCGAUGACAUGAAGGAGAUCACUAAUUGCGUUCGGCAGGCAAUCCGUUCUAGCUCUCAGGAGAGGAAACUGAAAAAUACAUCAAGCCAAACCGUGGGACUCUCCAGUGUAGGUAUUCAGACCGUCCAAAUGGUAAGCGUUGGCCUUCAAACAGAUAUACCAAGGACAAGUCUUCAUACAAAGAGUUGGUCACCAAGAGGUUCUGCUCUGUUGUCUACGAGAAGCAAACACAUUUCGACCUCUUUGGAUAAAGUCCACUCUCGGGUUGAACGGCCAUGUUGUUCUCCCAAGUAUGGCUCCCCAAAGCUGCAGAGAAGAUCCUCUUCAAAACUGGACGGCUCCAAGGACCGAAGCUUGUGGAACCUCCACCAGAGCCAAAAAAAUGGUUCGGCGUGGGCAAGGUCCACCACCACUCGAGAUAGCCCUGUCUUAAGCAACGUUAACGAUGGAUCAUCCAGCCUGUUUAACGUCGUGGAUCAUGCCGGCAGCACAGAAUCCUUGUACAAAACAAGCCUCCCUGAAAACAGAAACAAAGCAGAUGCCCCCAAGUAUGGCAUCGUACAGGAAUUCUUUAGAAAUGUCUGCGGACGGUCAGGUCAGAGCUCCAAUACUCUGGCUGACAAGAAGGACUUGGAUGACAAUAACAAAAGGCCUGAUAACCACGACCAUUGUUCUUCAGCCGUCUGCCACCCAUCCCACAACGUAUCUAAACUACUGAGCAGGAAGACGUCACGGCAGCAUCAGAAUGAUGAACAGAAGCCUCAGGUUUUAACCCAAGGUAGCAAAGACGGGCAUUCGAAGGACAAUGAUGUCAUUCCAACCGCUGCUAACGUGGACUACGCUUGCGACUGCACCUCCCAGGCGCCCACAUCUUGCUUUUCCAGGCCGUCCCGGCCCCACGCCCGCCAGGCCCACCUGAAAUGCCACCUCCACCCGGAGCCAAGCCAGCCCGAGGAGAAAGCCAGUCCUUUGUGCAACUGAGGAGGCCUCGGCGAGUCCACGCCGUCCAUCGCGGUCUGCGAAACGACCGUUCCCGGCAGGGAAAAGAUCUCUCCUGGUGAAACCAAC